CAUCGUGUCACAUGAUAAACAACAUGGCGGCCUUCUUGGCUGCAGCGAAGAUUCUCCUCUAGCUGCUUUUAGCCUUUUAAACGCCGAAUUUCAGCUUUUUAACGACUUAAACUGUUAUGGAUCGUCUUGAAUCUCUUUCUUGAAGACAUAUGAACACUUACACCUCUAACAUCACCGAGAAUAAGCUUGUUAUAUUCAUUAAAACAGCUGCUUCGCUUUAAAAUCCGACUUCCGGUUUGAGUCAAAACAUGGCUUCUGCAUUUGUGGUUGGGGGUAAAUUCAGGAAUAAAGUGACAGAGCUGUUAGAAAAUACUGACUCAUGUCUGCCCAAGAGACUGAGAGGAGAACUGGAGGAGAUCCUAGGAGAACCAGAACCAAGAACCCUGUCCUUCAGCACAGCGAGGACACUGAAGCAGUACCUCCAGGACAAAGGGCAUCCCUUCUACCUGCAUGAGUUGUUGGAGGACGGCUCGCUGCACCUCCCUGAGGUGGUGAAGCCUCCCAGAAAUCCUGAGCUAGUCGCACGUCUGGAGAGAAUCAAAGCCAAACUGGCCAACGAGGAAUACAGCAGAAUCACACGUAAUGUCAACACUCAGGAAAUCUGCCGUAAAGGAACAUUAGCUGAUUUUGGACGGGAAGUGCGGUCGGUCAAAGCCGUGGUGGCGACCGUGUUCAACUUCCUGGUCACGGUGGUCGCCGCUUUUGCCUGUUCGUACAUGGGGAGUCAGUACCUGUUCACCGACACCGGGGCGAGAGUGAUAGCGGCCGUGAUCGCUGCCUCUGUGGUCGGGCUCGCUGAGCUGUACGUUCUGGUUCGGACCAUGGAGGGAGAACUAGGGGAACCGUAGCAGCUGCUCCAAAAGAAACGAGGACUUUCUGCUUUUAUUUAACAGGACAGUUUGUUAGAAGAUACCGAGGAUUCACAAAGUGAUGCUGAAGGGAAGCUGGAACAUUACAGGAGAGCAAUGUUCUUUGACUUCUGCUUUAUCUCACAUUCUGCCUUUUUUAUAGACAAUUAUUUGGGAAUUGAACCGCCAACCAUGUGGUUAAAGGAGCUGCAGCCGGCCCUUUUUAUUUCAAUGAAAAAUGAAUAUUUCUUAUUUAUUCACAGUUAUUUUCUAUGUUCAUUUACUUAUAAUUCCUUCCAUUCAAGUAGAGCUAGUUCAUACAGUUUGGUGUUAACUUCCCCAUGAAGAACAUUUGCAUUUUGUUUAUGUUUAUGCAGGAGAUGAUGGAAAUAAUGUCGAGUACACUCUGGAACUGAUGUUGUAAUGGGAAAUCUGCAAGUUGCUGUUUUUGUUUGUGAGCUUAAAUGUUCCAUAAAUGUAGAUGUAUAAAAGGAUAACGCUCGUGUUAUUCUAUGUUUUUGUUAUUGUCAACAAAUUAAAUAAAAAAAACAGGAAAAUA